AUGUUGCACAUCAAGUCCGAGAUCAUGGACGUCGCCCAGACCAUAAUGGUUGACGACCUUGCAUGUCUCAUCAACAAGAUUAACAUUCUCAUACAAUACCUCAAAAAGGUCACAAUCUCCCACGCCGAAGUCGCCGAAGUCUUAAAGAGCCACGGCGGCACCACGCUGUUGCAGAGAGGCGUGGCUGACCCGCGUCAUGUGCUAGAAGAAAUAAAUCAAUAA